AUGUCUUCCCCAACUGAGCCCCAAACAAGCGACAACGCUUGGUGGAGCCAUGGAGAGGAGACUCAUACCCUUCCUCUUUCACAAGCUGUACCAAUGGACACGAGCGUCAACACCUGGUCUCGGUUUGGCCAAGUAUACGAGGCCUACGAAUAUAGUGGCUGGAUUGACGAAAGUCUUUCGUGGAAGACGGACUGUUAUAUUGGCGACUGGUCUUCUCUCGCCAAAGCUAGAGUAACUGGGCCAGAGGCGAAAGAUUUCUUUGAAUUCAUCUCUACCAACCGAUGGCCGGAUUUCAAGCCUGGUCAAGCCAAGCAUGCCAUCUUCUGCCAGGAUAAUGGGAAUAUUGUCGGCGAUGGACUCGUCCUGAUGCUUGCCGAGAACGAUUUUCUCUUCACGAGCGGGCCUGGCACUGUUUGGGCCACCUACCAGCUGAAGUUUGGAAGGAAGAAAUUUGACGCUUCUCUUCAGCUAGUCACCGAUGAUUGGUGUCUUCUCCAGGUCCAAGGACCGAAGAGUGUCGAGCUGAUGGACGAGAUCACUGAUAAGGGCGUACGAGACAUCAAAUUUAUGCAUUGGAAGGAACUUUCUAUCGAUGGCAUCAAAUUCAAAUGCUUGAGACAAGGCGUUUCUGGCGAAUUUGGAUUCGAGAUAUGGGGUCCAAUGAAAGAUGCCAAGAAGAUCUUUACUUCUGUUCUUGAGAAAGGCAAGAAGUAUAACAUUCGUCGGCUUGGCGCACGUGCAAAAUGUGUGAAUCACACAGAAGCAGCCUUCGCGACACCGGCAAUCGACUUCAUCCCCGCUAUUCACGAGCCAGCAGAAAGCGAAGAGCUAGCAAAGUUUCGAAAAUAUACGCAAGACAUUAAUUUUGACUUUGAGCUAUACUUAUCAACAGCGUAUGGCAGCUACGGCACGGAUCCGAGACUGUAUCACUUCACUCCCUUUGACCUAGGUUGGGGUUGGCUUGUCAACUUGGAUCACGAUUUUAUUGGACAUGAUGCGCUUGCUAAAAUCAGGAAUAGCCCCCCGAAUAAGCUAGUGACGCUCGUGUGGAACAAGGAAGAUGUAGUUGAUGUUUUUGCGUCCCUCUACCGCCCUGAGUCGUAUGAGUAUAUGGAGAUGCCUCGCAAUUUACUCGGUGCUGUCAACGGAAGCACCGUUUCUAUCAGUGGCAAGACCAUCGGGUGUGCCGUAUCUCGGUGCUACAGCUACUGGUUCAAGGACACGAUUUCACUGGGGAUCAUCAAGACGGAGCACGCCGUUCCGGGUACGGCUGUUGAGGUGACAUGGGGCUCGGCAGGAUACCCACGAAAGAUCAUCAGAGCGGUAGUGCAGCCCGCUCCUUAUAAGGAGGACAAGCGUCGUUAUUCGAUUCGGUAA